CGCCGCCGCUGCAUGCCUCUGUCGCCGCCUGAGAAAGAUGGAAGACGCCAAGAUGCAAAGGAAAGGCUCAAAGCAACCAGCCAAGUUGCUCCUGCAGCUUUCAGAGUUGCAGCAUGUGAAGCAACAAUGGGACUCUACAUGGAAGCAGGCCAGGAUAUCAACACCUCUGUGUCCCCAGAUAAUUUGGUUGACAUAUCAAUCAAGGAUGAUAAUAUCAAAUGGUCGGAGCAUAACUAUCUGAAAUUUUGGGUUAAUGCUAUCAAAGGACUUAUUGCACUUCUAAAUGGAGAAUCAGAAUCAGGCAAUGAACAAACUGAAAAUGUUGUCCUUUCUUAUGGCGAAUAUCUCCACUGUCUUGGGGAUUUUCCUUCGGCUACACAAAUGUAUGAGAGGGUUCUAGAGGCAUUAAGCACACAAAACAUGUCUGGAAAAUUUUUAUCAGCAUGUAACAUGAUUCCAGAGGAGGUUUCUCUUGGGGCAACCUGUUCGUAUGGCCAGCUCUUAUCACAUUCUGGGAAGUUCAAUGAGGCAGAGGAUUAUCUCACAAGAGCGCUAAAGAAGGCUGAAGAGAAAUUUGGUGCAAAUCACCCAAAGGUCGGCAUUGUCUUGACUUGUGUAGCUAGAAUGUACAAACUGAAAAGCAAAAUCGGAAGGAGAGAGAGAGAAAGAAAGAGGAAAAAAAAGGGAGAGAGAGAGAUUGAGGAGAGGGAGGAAAAAAGAGAAGAGGAUGACAUACGAGGCCCAGUUGUAAUAGACUCAGAAUAAAGAGGACAGAUGGAUAUAUUGUUGGAGUAAAAAAUGAAUUUGAGUGGACAAAUGAAAUAGAGAUUGGACAAAUAGA